UUGUCCGCCUCUGGGAGUGAGCCUGUGACGUGGAGGACUCGUUUGGAGUCAGGCUCCACCCGCCAUGUCGGAGAGUGCGGAGAGUUCCGCGGGGGCUCACAGCUCCUCUGAGUCCUCCGCUCAGGGCUUCGCUGUUGCUGAGCCGCGGAUCAUCAAAAUCACGGUGAAGACUCCCAAGGAGAAGGAAGAGUUCGCUGUGCCUGAGACUAGCAGCAUCCAGCAGUUCAAGGAAGAAAUCUCUAAGCGUUUCAAGUCCCACGCUGAUCAGCUUGUUUUGAUAUUUGCUGGAAAAAUUUUAAAAGAUCAAGAUACUUUGAUUCAGCAUGGGAUUCACGAUGGACUUACUGUUCACCUGGUCAUCAAAACACAAAACAGAUUACAAGAUCAUCCAGGUCAACAAACACACACCACUGGCAGUAUUGCUACCACAUCAAUAUCAAGCAAUAAUACCUCAACACCAACUUCAACAAACAGUAACUCUUUUGGCUUGGGUGACCUUGGUAGUUUGGCAGGCCUGGGUAGCCUGGGCUUAAAUGCAUCAAACUUUUCAGAGUUACAAAGUCAGAUGCAACGACAACUUAUGUCCAACCCAGAAGUGAUGGUUCAGAUAAUGGAAAAUCCAUUUGUUCAGAGCAUGCUUUCAAACCCUGACCUGAUGAGGCAGUUAAUUAUGGCUAACCCUCAAAUGCAGCAACUGAUACAGAGAAAUCCAGAAAUCAGUCACAUGCUGAAUAAUCCAGAUAUAAUGAGACAGACACUGGAACUUGCUAGAAACCCUGCAAUGAUGCAGGAAAUGAUGCGAAACCAAGACCGAGCCUUGAGCAACCUUGAAAGUAUACCAGGUGGCUACAAUGCUUUGCGACGUAUGUACACAGAUAUUCAGGAGCCAAUGUUGAAUGCAGCACAGGAACAGUUUGGAGGUAACCCAUUUGCCUCCUUAGUAAGCAAUGCAUCAUCAGGAGGGGACAGUCAUCCAUCUCGUACAGAAAAUAGAGAUCCUCUACCAAAUCCCUGGGCUCCUCAGUCCAGCUCUCAGAGUUCCACAAGUACCAGCACCAGUGAUGAGAGCAGUGGCAGUAGUGAUGUUGGAAAUAGCACCUCUGCUAGUAUGGGACAGAGCUCAACUAUACCAAAUUUGGGAUCUGGACUAGGAGUUGGUAUGUUCAACACACCAGGAAUGCAGAGCUUGUUACAGCAGAUAACGGAAAAUCCACAACUUAUGCAAAAUAUGUUGUCUGCACCAUAUAUGAGAAGCAUGAUGCAGUCAUUGAGCCAGAAUCCUGAUCUUGCAGUACAGAUGAUGUUGAAUAAUCCUUUAUUUGCUGGAAAUCCUCAACUUCAAGAGCAAAUGAGACAACAGCUUCCUACUUUCCUUCAACAAAUGCAGAAUCCUGACACGUUAUCAGCUAUGUCAAACCCUAGAGCAAUGCAGGCUUUGCUACAGAUUCAGCAGGGCUUGCAGACACUAGCAACAGAAGCACCAGGACUUAUACCAGGAUUCAGUCCUGGUUUAGGUGGAUUGGGAAGCACUGGAGCUCCUAUAGGGUCCGUUGUACCUAGUUCUGUUCCCAGUGAAAAUACAAGUCUAACAUCAGGGGCUGCUGAACCUGAUCACCAGCAGUUUGUCCAACAAAUGUUGCAGGUGCUUGCUGGUGCAAAUGCUCAGCUUGGUCUCCAGUGCAUAUAACAAAAGUUCAUAAAGUCUUAGCACCCAGGUGAAGUUGGCAAAGACAAAUACAGAAGUUACAACUUUUCAAAAUCUGUUAGUGAGCCAGCAGUAGUGUCAGGAACAGAACUUCAUCAUUCAAGCUCCUGCCUUUUAUACUUGCAGAAAAAGAAAUAUAUUGCUUUUUACAAAGCAGUAAAAUAUUUAAUCACUGUGCCCCUCUCUGUGUUUGACAGAAUGAAAAUUAAAACUUAAGAAUUUCAAUUCCUGUGUGAACCUUGAUGGGAUUUUCAAAAGCAGGCUUGGCUCAGAUACAAAUGGCAAUUUUAACUUCAUAGGGAGAAGUGUUUAAACAAUGGUGAUAGUUUUUGAAAACUUCAUCUUGCGUGUCCUUUACAGUCAUGAUAGAAAUAUUAAGAGUAAUAAACCAGCUCCUAAUAUUGUAAUUUAUUUAAAUGUUGUGAAAAAUAAGUUGUUUUGAUUAACUUGAAAAAUGUCUUAAUGAAUGCUUAUUUUCUUUAGACUGACUGGGGGGGGAAGUAUGGAGUUUUGGGUUUUUUGACGGAGUUUUGGGUUUUUUGACAGAGUUUUGAAAUCAAAUUUAUAAUGCAGGUAAAGAUGUGAUUUGAAAGUGAAAUCAAGAUAGAUUUUAGCAGGAGACGGGCUAUCUUGGAGUUUCUAUAUUAGCCACCAUUCUUUCACUCCAAUUAAAUUCUAAUAUAGCAUAAGGAAGUGCCAUGAGCACUUCCUUAAUUCCUGAGAACAGAAGUAACUAAAUAUCUUUAGAAACUCUGAUCCAUCAUCUAUAGAAUUUUUAUAUUGAACUGUCUAGAGAAUGUCUGCUGUACAGUAGAGUUCUGUUAUUAAAAGUAUACUUUCAACACCUGUUGAGAUUUAACUGUAAUGUUAAAUGUCGUGUUUGUUAUGUCUGCUCUAACCCUGUGCAGUGGCAGUACUGCACUGUGCUCAUUCAAGUUAUACAAGGGAUUGAAUGUAGUUAAACUAAUGGCCUGUGUGUAUAUUUAUUUAUUUUUACUGGCAAGGUUUCCUAAAAUAAAGAAAUAAAAGCAUUAAAACUGUGGAUGUGGUGUGUUACACCAAAAAGCAAAUCUGGAAUUAGUUGUCAUCAUAAAUAAGUGACUGAAAUGUCUGUAGUCAAAUUAAAAUUAGGUAUAAACCUAUUCAAGAAUCAUAACACAUUUCUCAUGUUUUGACUCACAAGGAAAUGAGAACAUGUCAUAAUUAGUGUUAUCAUCUAUGUGAGCCAGUCAGCCUCAGCUACUUAUCAGUAAUUAAACCUUGUAAUUAGGCACUGUUAAUGUAUACUUGAUUUUUGCAAAAUUUAUGGAGAUGGGCAGUGACCUUGGGCAGCAGACAUGUUACAAGAAGCAAUGGAUCGUGUUCCAACAUAAUCUAAAUUUCUCAGUAAAUUAACCCCCACUCCACCAAGGUAUGAUCACCUGAUGUGCACAUGCAAUGGCCAUGGUGUGAAGCCAGACUAAGGAGAGCUUUGGGGGAGCAAGAGAUGCAGAGCAAGCUGGGUCUAUUGGGUUUAUAGGGCAAGGUUUUGGUAGUAGCUGCAGGGGUGGCUUCUGAGAGAAGAGAACAUGUUGGAUAGAGCCAGUUUCAGCUGAUUCCAAGAUGGACCUGCUAGUGGCCAAAGCUGAGCCCAUCAGUGAAGUUGGUGGUGCCUCUGUGAUAACAUUUAAGAAAGGGUUAAAAAAGGAGGAAAAAACCCCAAACCUGUGCAGCAGCUAUAAGAGGGAGAAAUGAGAGAAACCACUGCAGGACACCAAGGUCAGUGAAGAAGGGAGAGGAGGUGUUCCAGGUGCCAGAGCAGAGAUUCCCCUGCUGCCAAUGGUGAAGCAGGUUGUUGCCCUGCAACCCAUGGAGGACUAUGUUGAAGCAGAUAUCUACACUCCAGCCUGUGGCCAGAGCAGGUGGAUGUGCCCUGAAGGAAGCUGUGACCCCAUGGAGAGCCCAUGCUGGAGCAGGUUUUUCUGUCAGGAUCUGUGAUGGUGUGGGGGACCUACGCUGGAGCAGUCUGUUCCUGAAGGACUGCACCCUGUGGAAAAAAACCCAUGCUGGAGCAGUUGAGCAGUUUGUGAAGAACUGCAGCCUGUGGGAAGAAUCCAUGUUGGAGCAGUUUGUGAAGGACUGUUUCCCAUGGAAAGGACCCCACACCUGGAGCAGGAGAAAAAGUAUGAGGAAAGGAGAGGCAGAGAUGAAGAGAUGAAGUGUUAUGAACUGACAGCAACCCUCACUCCCCAUCCACAUGCACUGCCUGGGUAGGGGGAGUUAGAGUUGAGAAUAAAUGAGCCUGUGAAGAAGGGGGGGGAAGAUGUUUUUAGUUUUGUUUUUGUUUCUUACUGUCCUACUCUAUUUUUAAUUGGCAAUAAUUUGAAUUAAUUUUCCCUAAGUCUGUUUUGACUGUGACAGCAAUUGGUGAGUGAUCUCUCUGUCUUUAUCUGGAGACAUGAGCUUUUUUUCCAUUAUUUUUCUCCUCCUGUCCUGUUGAGAAGGGGAGUGAUAGAGCAGCUUGAUGGGCACCUAGCAGCUAGCCAAGAUGAACCCACCACACUGGGCUAGACAUGAAGUUUUGGUAGAAUAACUUUUAAUAUUAUUUGUGUAAGCAGGGUAGACCUAUAUGCUAUGGGAGAUAAGUGGUUGAUGGUAUGUAGGAUAGGUGGUUUGCUUCCCCUUCUAUCUACUCCCCAAAAAUGGAUCCCAGGAUCCAAGAAGUGACACAGCAUGCUUGUAGCAGGCUAAAAGGAAAGGGCAUCUGGUUGUAAUGCUCUUUCUAUUUGCAGUAAAGGUACAAACAAGUGAAAUGAAGCAUCACAGAAAUGUAGUUCUGACCAGAGAAACUUCAUGGAUGAAUCUUAGCUUUAGCUAGCUGUGUCAAGUGCCAUUUUCCAUGGCUUUCAGUAGGUAUCUUGUCAAGCAGUCUUUCCCCUUCUCAAUCUGACUUUCAAAUCCUAGACACUUCUGAAUAGGAAUUAAAUUCCCCCAAAGGCUGAACCCCAAUAGUUCAGCAUAUUCCUGCCACAUGAAACUCACAAAAUUUAUUCUUCUGUCUCCUGGCCUGUUGAAACAUCAAGAGGAAAGCUAAUAUUGGAGAUAAUCUAAAAAGAUGUGGACAAGUAUGGAUAACACAAAUUCAGCAUUAUGAAGAUGCUAGAGCUAUUUGGAACUUGCUUCUGAUUCCUCUUUACAGAGAAGGCUUGUUACGUGUUUAGUAUAACAUACUAAAUUAAAGCGGAGUGAAAAAUAAAAUAUUUGAGUUUAUAGCUGCAUAUUUUGCUAUUACUUUCAAGUUUCAAAAAACUUCUUUUGAAUUAUCUUUGGUUUUGUCUGAACAGUUGUCCUGGUUUUGGCUGGGAUAGAGUUAAUUUUCUUCCUAGUAGCUGGUACAGUGCUGUGUUUGGAUUUAAUAUGAGAAUAAUAUUGAUAACACACUGAUGUUUUAGUUGUUGCUAAGUAGUGCUUACUCUAAAUCAAGGACUUUUCAGUUUCCCAUGCUCUGCCAGAGAGCAGGUGCACAAGAAGCUGGGAGGGAGCAGAGCCAGGACAGCUGACCUGAACUAGGCAAGGGAUAUUCCAUAUACCAUAGAAUGCCAUGCUCAGUAUAUAAACUGGGAGGAGUUGGCUGGGGCCUGCUGAUCGCUGCUUGGGGACUGGCUGGGCAUUGGUCAGCAGGUGGUGAGCAACUGUUUUGUGCAUCACUUGUGGGUUUUGGGUCUUUUUUUCCUCUGGGGUUUAAUUCCUCUAUCAUUCUCUUUCCUUUUCAUUACAAUUGUUGUCCUUCCUGUUGUUGUUAUAAUUAUUUACUUUAUUUCAAUUAUUAAAUUGUUCUUAUCUCAACCCACAAUUUUUUCCUAUUCUCCUCAUCGCACUGGGGGAGGGGGAGUGAGCAAGUAGCUGCAUGGUACUUCAUUGCCAGCUGGGGUUAAACUACAACAACAGUUGAAGUAGGACUAUGUGAGCUUAGGAAAUGUGUAAUAAAUAAAAUUCAAGUUUGAAUAA